GGGAUUUGAUAAAAAAUAAUGGGGCACACAAAGAGUUGAGGGGCGUUGGUGAUUUUGCUCCGAAUUUCGUCAAGGAAGUCAAAAGUAGACUAUUUGAAAGAUUAUCGAAGAUUUCAGAGAUCUUGAUAACAUCCAACAGUUAUGGCAGAUGAAGAGGCCGUGCCUGGUGCAGAGGGUCCCCUUGUCGCAGUGACCUUUCAGAGAACUCCUCACAAAAAACAGAAGUACCUGGAGUCUGAACCCAAAGCAUUGGGGGUGGCUCAGAUUGCCCUCAGUGCGUUCUAUAUCAGUUCUGUCAUUGUCAUGUUCACCAACAGCAUGAGCAUGGUGGUUGAAGAUUUAACACAUGUCAUUGGAUCAGUGUUUGUGAUCAUAGCUGGUAGUAUGGCCAUAGCUGCACAGAAUCUCCAUCUUCCCACUCUGAAGGCCUGUCUGGGGAUGCAGGUAGUGGCCUGUGUAGCAUCAGUGAUCAACUUGAUCUUCUCUGUGUCAGACAUGGCUGGACACGGAUAUGGUUAUGGCUGCUGGAAAUACGUUGAAGUCAACAGCACCGAUCACAAUGAUUCUUGCUAUUCAAUCACUGCUUCUACUGGACAUUACCUUGCUGAGUUGGUCCUGAUAAAUACUGCUCUCAUCGCUAUCUCUGUCACGCUGGCUGCCUACUGCUGCAAGGUGGUCAACUGCUGCUCUCCAGGACAACGAAUGCCGGUGAUCACAGUCCAAGUCCCUCCUGCUCAGCAAUGAGGAGAGAUGCAGUUUGAGGACCAAUCAAGACAAGAGAUCCAACUCUCUCACUAACCAGCAAAAACAUGUGUUAUUCUUCCAUCAACUAAAAUAUUGUAGGCCUAUAUAUCUAUACAUACACUGAGUGCACAAAAUAUUAAGAACACUGUGCUCCCCACAGCUGAGUCAAGUUGGCUGGAUGUCCUUUGGAUGGUGGACCCUUCUUGAUAUACACAGGAAGCUGUUUAGCUUGAAACACCCAGCAGCGCUGCAGUUCUUGACACAAACCGGUGCACAUGGCACCUACUACCAUACCCCGUUCAAAGGCACUUAAAUCUUUUGUUUUUCCCAUUCACCCUCUUAAUGGUACACAAACACAAUCCACAUCUCAAUUGUCUCAAGGCUUAAAAAUGAUUCUUGAACCCAUCUCCUCCCCUUCAUCUACACUGACUGAAGGGGAUUUAAGAAGUGUCAUCAAUAAGGGAUCAUAACUUUCACCUGGACUGACCUGAUCAGAUCAUGUCAAGGAACGAACAGGUGUUCAUAAUGUUUUGUGGACUCAGUAUAAGUCACCUGAUGGAACUCUUUUUGUAAUUAAAAACUUUGAUACGAUGUA